GUAGGUGUGGUUGAAAUAAAAGUGGGUGGAGCCAUAGAUAGUAGAGAGCUAGAGCAGUAGAGCUAGCUAGAGUUAUAAACAUGGGGAAUUGUUUGGGUCAACCAAGUAACACAGAUCCUAUUCUCUUUACUGAUGAAGAGAACAUUCAAAAUGUUGUAAUGGGCCAGUCACAGCCACUACUACAAGAGAAGUUUGUUUGGAAGAGUGAGACCCCAUUGACUGCUGGGCAGCUACAAGGGAAGAGAGACACAUUCUGGGAGACCUCACCUCUAUAUGAUGGUCGGAGAGAGAUCUGGGAUGCAUUGAAGGCAGCCAUUGAAGCUGCUGAAGAAGAAGAUUACGAUCUAGCACAAGCCAUUUUGACUGGAGCCAAUAUAUCGCUACCCAAUGGUAGUUUAACUCAUGCUUAUGAUGAGUUAGGCAAUCAUUACUCCAUCCCUCCAUACUGUCUCAGUAGACCAACCAAUUUUGUAUCUAAUAGUAUCACAACUGAUUCAACCACCACUGACGUUAGGAUGAAUGAAAUUAUAUCGAAAGGCGGUAAUCCAAUCAAUGUUAAAAUCAGACUCUCAAAUCAAUCUAAAGAUAUCAAGUUAACAAUAUCGUCUACUGACACGGUGAUCAUCGUCAAGAAGAGACUAGAGGAGGAGUACAAUGUUAAGUCUGAUAAAAUAACUAUGCUGUUUUCUGGAAAAAUCCUAACUGAUUCUACAAUACUAGGACAACUUGACAUUCCAAAAGGAUUUAUAAUACAAGCAAUAGUACGAUAACACGACACCUUAACAUAGAUACGCACAACUUUUAAAAUUAUGACAUUCAUCAUUUUAAUAACGCAUUAUUAUUCUGUAUUAUUAUUAAUAAGUGCUGCUUCUUUGCGUAUUAA